UCACUGCCACAGAAGCUGCACGACCAUGGCCUUUGCGCUGGAGAAAAUAGCAACCCCUUCCUCUCUGCUUCUGUACCCGGCUGCUGGAUUUUGCCUCAUCUACGCGCUGCUGAAAGCGAUCCAGCUCUAUCGCAAGAGACAACAGCUCCUCAAAGCUUUUGAGAGUUUCCCAGGUCCCCCCAGCCACUGGCUGUAUGGCCACAACUCUCAGAUUUCUCAAGGUGGAGAAUUAAACCUGUUGCUGUCUUGGGCAAAAAAGUACCCUUAUGCCUACCCCAGAUGGAUUGGAGCUUUCAUGGCUUCCUUAACAGUCAACCACCCUGAUUAUGCCAAAACUGUGUUUGGCCAUGGAGAUCCCAAGGGUCUCACAAUCUACAAUUUCUUAAUUCCCUGGAUUGGCAAGGGAUUACUGAUCUUACAUGGGCCAAAGUGGUUCCAGCAUCGAAGGCUGCUGACCCCAGGGUUUCAUUAUGAUGUGCUGAAACCUUAUGUCUCACUGAUGGCAGAGUCUACCAAAGUGAUGCUGGAUAAGUGGGAACGGUUGAUCACACUGGAUAAAUCAGUGGAGCUCUUUGAACAUGUCAGCUUGAUGACCCUGGACAGCAUCAUGAAAUGUGCCUUCAGUUGUCAUAGCAACUGCCAGACUGACAGUGACUCAGACUACUACAUCAAAGCAGUCUAUGACCUGACCUACCUGGUGUUUCAUAGAAUCCGCUUUGUCCCAUUUCAUAAUGAUUUCAUCUAUCGAAUCAGUUCUCAAGGACGUCGCUUUCAGGAGGCCUGCCGACUAGCACACCAGCAUACAGAUAAAGUAAUAAAAGAGAGAAAGACGUCCCUCCAAGAUCAGCAAGAACUUGAAAAGAUCCAGAAGAAGAAGUACUUGGAUUUUCUGGACAUUCUUCUGUGUGCCAAGGAUGAAAACGGAGCUGGAUUAUCCGAUGAAGACCUACGUGCUGAGGUGGACACGUUUAUGUUUGAGGGUCACGAUACCACGGCCAGUGGGGUCUCCUGGCUCUUGUACUGCAUGGCCCUGUACCCAGAGCACCAGCAGAGAUGCAGGGAAGAGAUCAAGGAGAUUCUGGGAGACAGAGAGACCAUUCAGUGGGAUGACCUUGGCAAAAUGACUUACAGCACCAUGUGCAUCAAGGAGAGCCUUCGCCUUUACCCUCCGGUACCUGGAGUGUCCCGACUGCUCAGCAAACCCAUCACAUUCCACGAUGGAAGAACCUUACCAGAAGGUUCUCUGGUUGCAGUGCAUAUUUAUUCUCUUCAUAGGAACCCAGCCGUAUGGCAAGAUCCAGAGGUGUUUGAUCCCAUGAGGUUUUCACCAGAGAACGUGUCCAAGAGGCAUUCCCAUGCUUUCCUGCCCUUCGCAGCUGGAGCACGGAACUGCAUCGGGAAGCAGUUUGCCAUGAACGAGCUGAAAGUGGCUCUUGCUCUGACUCUGCUCCGCUUUGAGCUGGCUCCUGAUCCAGCCAAACCGCCCAAGGAAAUACCACAGGUUGUCCUCAAGUCCAGCAAUGGGAUCCACCUGCUCUUAAAGAAACUUCCCUGACACCGCAGAAACCAUGGAGCUCCACAUCGGGCGUCAGUAGGAUCGGCUCAUUUGCAAGGGAAUGCAAUCAAUGGGUAUUUCACGGGAUAGCCCCACUUCAGCCAACCCGAUCCACAACCUUUCCUGAAUUCUCAGCACCAGCUGGUUUCUCUGUGGCCUUCCCCAUCCCCAGAGCUGGAGUGAGCGCAGUGUUGGGAGGAGACCUGGCUAUGGGAGUAAAGCAUCCCAAGCGCCUCACCCCCAGCUAAGGAGCACUCUUGCCUGUCAGUGCCAUGCCGUAGGACCCAAGCAAUGCAGGGUCAAAGGCAGAACUCCCCUUUCCACAGCCCCUCACGCUGUGUGCUGAGGGCACAAGCAGAGCUCUGAGUGCAAUGUCACAUCGGUUCCCUAAUGCCAGCUGUCGAGAGCAGCACUGCACAGAGCUAGCUCUCCGUCCUCCACAGGAGUCCAAGUGUCUCCUCACCUCCCAUCCUAUGGGAGCCAGCGAUCUAGCUGGGGUUUAAGGCCUCCUUACACUGGGAUUUUAGGCACCAGUGCAAACCUCAAGUGUAGACACAAUUUACACUGGUGCACUGCAGGUUUCACUAAUGCCUAACCUCCAGGGUAGACUGAGCCCAACAUUAUCCCCACACGGUAGCACAUUGGUCUAUUUUGCACUGAUCACCUAUCCACCCAGCCUUGCCAAGAGCUGGCUCCAGCCAAACAUCAACAACAAAGGUGUGACUUCCACCACCAAGGCCGCUCUCAUCCCCUAUGAGGGAUUAACAUCAACGCUUGGUUGGGAAGAUUGAAGUGUGAGCUGGGCCAAGUCUCCCAGUUAAGAGGUGGGUGAACACUGCUACCCAAUGAGAAGCUCUGGAGUUUUGGUUUGGCCCACUACGGAAAUAGAGCCAGUUAAAAUUUUUGCUCCAAAUCUGAACUUUCUUCCAGUGGAGGCUGCUCAGAUCUUGGCUCAGAGCUCUCUGUAAUUUAAACACCGACACGAUCCAACAUGGACAAUCAAAGAUCCAUACAGGCUGCCUUCAGACUACACACACAGCUCUCAUUGGCCCUAAAAAGUCACUCAGCUGGAGCCAAGAUACCUCUAAUUCUCCCCUCGAAUCCAGGAUGGAUGCUUACAUGAUCCCCAGAAUAGAGCUUCCUUGUCACAUCAUUUAUGCUAGACAGAUAUUGAGGGAUCUCCCUGUGCAUUCAUCCUUGGAAUCCGCCCCUCCAAUGUAGCAACUGCAUCAAGACACCUCCCUUCCAGCCCAGGGAAACGUGCAGCAAUUCCCUCCUCACUUGGAGCCUGAGCCCAAGUCUGUCAAUGAGAGUCUUCUUCUCAUUGACUUCAAUGGGCUUUGGGUCCUGCACUUGGAGAAUGUGACAGCUAACUCUGCCCCUUUGCUGAUUAGCAACGUUCUAUGCAUUCUUAUGCCCAUGCUAUCUCUGACACUGUGCCUCUGAAUGAAAAAUCUGUAGCAACCCUGUUAUUGCCCAAAAGGGUCCGAGGUACUCUGCAAGAACGAGACCGACUCCACACUGAGAGUAAUUGGCUUUAAUGAAGGUAAAGUGACACAUCUGCAACGGGGACCCCAAACGUUGCUGUCACUGAGACGGGGACCCAGCGCCCUGUAGCUCGGCCUGGGGUGAAGUCCUAAAACAAACACAAAGCAUGCUCAUUUUAUACAAACAGCAGCAUAUCAGCUCAUACAUAAUGCAAUAGACACUCUCCGCCCUCCGGGGCUGCCUCCCUGGCCAACAGCCAGGGACUUACCACACAGCAGUCCCAGCCGGCUACAGCAGGUCAAAGCUAGCAUGCUGUGUCCUACAAUAACCGGAGGCUGAGAAAGCGGAAUUGCCUGAGCUAAGCCAUAACAAAAUCUUCCAAGGUUCCCUAGACUGCUACAAACCCGGAGCAGGAAAGGCCUGCCAGGGUGAGACUCAGACACCGAAUCACCAGAUGAGACACCAAUUUGCAUUCAGAAGGAAGGGACAUGUACACAGACCUCCUCAGGAAGGGGGGUUAGCUUGUCAAAUGCCCCGAAUACAGCCAUGCCCUGUAGAAUGCAACUUAAAGAUUGUGGAUUGGUCAAGAGGUCUUUAAAUAUCUUUGUCAGGCUGUGAGCUGUAAACUGAGCAAACCCUAAUAUGCAAUAUCCACAGCUACCCAUCUGCGACCUUCGUCACUCAUCUUCCCUAGCCUAUACCUAGAGGAAAGCCAGUUCAACAACUUGCCGUCGGCUUUAUGUUUCUCCUCUCUAGUUCUAUAACUAGCAGGAUGUUGUCCAACUCCCGCUCUGGUUUGGACAUGGCCGUUAUUGUAGGGAUGUGGAUGUUACCCAAAUGUCCCCGGAUAUGAAAGAAUCUCUUACCCUAAGAAAAGAAAGAGCAGAUGGGGGUCACUGCUCCAGAUAUCCCCGAAGUGGGCAUGAGAAGGACUGUGCCCAUAAAGGCAUCACAGACAAUGAAGGGGGAUCCAUGCGGGCAUAGAAUUAAUCCUCAGACCUUAGGGGCACCAGCUGUUACAGUGGGACUGCCCCUUUAAGUAGCUGUGCACCUCUUCAGCCAUUCUCCCUGCUGGGGUGAAUCCAUGGGAGACACGGCAGCUCCUGGUUGGAUGUAGGAGAGCAUUAUGACCAAGGUUCUCUCUCUCUCUGGCUGGCUGUGGGGCCUUGUGAAUAGGAAUACGUUUGUCCGUUUUUUCUGUUGUAAAGGCUCUUGCCUCUGCAGAAUCAUGGUUGGAUCUAAAUCAAACCCAUUACAGGUAAGGCACAUAGGCGUCAAACUGGGGAAAUGAGAGCUGCAUCGGCUUUCUGCUGAAACGGGCCUGGAUUUAGUAUGAACCAGUUUUUACAAGGCAAGGAGCCUCAGCUUGUCCUGCACAGAACUAAGGAGUGUACUGAGCAGAAUGUUCCUAGAUAAAGCAAGGCCAUUUGCUCCUUUCGCACAACAAACUAAAGGAGACUUUGUUCAAAACCCUUUUCUGCACUGAGCAGUGUUCUGGGGCCAAGUGGAUAAAGAGAAGAGGUGCUAUGGGGGCAGUCGGCAGAGGCUUUUGGAAGAAGUCGGAGAGAAAAUUCCUAGAAGACAACAGACCAAUAGAACAGGAGGUUCAAUGUACCAGAGCUCAAUCCAGCCACUAGACUAGGCAGUGUGUAGCUGACAAAGCAGACCCAGGGUGAAGGCCCAGGCUGAAAGUUCAAUGCUCCUCUUGGACCUUGUUCAGCAAAGCCAAGGACUGACAGCUCAAUAGUAAGAGGCAGAAUAUAAUAACAUACGUAAGAGCGGCCCUACUGGGUCAGACCAAUGGUCCAUCUAGCCCAGUAUCCUGUCUUCCGACAGUGGCCAAUGCCAGGUGCCCCAGAGGGAAUGAACAGAACAGGGAAUCAUCACGUGAUCCAUCCCCUGUCGCCCAUUCCCAGCUUCUAGCAAACAGAAUCACCCCCUACAUCAGAGAAAGGCAUUUCUACACCUUCAGAGGUUUACUUAGGCCAUUGGCUACAGCUGAGUCCAGGGACCAAAACCAGAUGGGGAAACUGUGUGUCUAGUGCUUGGGACUAAACUGUGGGGAAAGCAUCGAGUCAAGACAGAUUUAAGAAGUGAAGAAUCAAUUCCUGCUCUGUGACUCCAGCUAAGUAUCUCACACCUGGACAGAGACUAAAAUAUUAUUCCACACUCCUUAAGUAUUAGAAGCCUCGUUGGAGGAAUAGCUAUGAAAUCUCACCAGGCUAUCCAGCUAAAAAAUCCUUUCAUUUACUCAAAUUCUAAAGCUGUAAUCUGAAAGCCCCUUGCAAGAGAUGAGCUGCAUGUCAUGAUUUAAUCCUGAUAUUGGAAAUAAUGACUUCUAGAAUAACUGAAGUUUUAACAUCCUGUUUACGCAAUGCUCUAAGAACCUUUGGCCUAAACUGAGCCUGUGAUUUCUGUAACUGACAGUGGAUGCUGCUAACGGAAUAAAGUGGGAAAUGCUCCA